UUCUCAAAUAAAGUGUUGGUAAUAAUUAUUGUUCUUGAUCAUGGACUUUGUGUAGGUGUGGUGCUUUAACUGUUUGACAACAAUAACGACUGUAUACUGGUAGCUUUGAUUUGGUAUCGUAGUAUUACCAUGGAGGAAGCCAGUUUAUACUUUCCCUUUAAGCUGCAGUUUUAAGCAUCUGUCGUAGGCUUUUUAGGGCACAACACCUAAUUCUGAGGGAGUAACCCAAUGUAAUAGUAGAAGCUAGUUCUGGCAGGUAUAGGUAGAUCUAUAUUUAUAUGGCUUUGCUUGAAUAGCUAUAUAAGUCAGCAGUCUUCUGCGUGAGGAAGGUGCAUGCUUACCUAUAUAUGCGUUGCAUGAGUAAUAUAGAUAAAUAUGCUUCAUAUCAUGCUGAGGAUCACGUUCUCCUUUCUCUGCCUGCUGUUUGUGAUUGAGUCUCACACUCGGCUUGUCGAGGCGACGCCAGACUGUCUGCAUAGCAGAGUGGACGAGUUUCCGUGCACACCAAGACAUCCUAGAACAAAAAUGCCUUCUGCAAAUGAGUUCGGGAACUACAAUACUAAAAUUGUGAGUUUUGGACGACUUUCCCAGUGUGACAUACUGAACUUUGGACAUCAGGUUCUACCAAUCCCUGGAAAUGGCAGCACAAUGUUCAUUUCCUCCCCAGGAAUUACACUUAACACACCAAAAAACUAUAGUAACCAAAAGUACGUUGUAUACAACAUCAGUUGCCCAGCGGGACAUCUAGCAUUCUUUGACAUGACUACCAUGCAGCUGGAAAGGGCCAACUGCUUCCACCCAGGAAAAAAUCAGAUGGUGUGUCGUGAUUAUGUUCGGGUAAACAGGCCUGGUUAUGGUUAUACCGAAAGUUGCGGAUAUGUUUCAAAUCAAGACAACCAGAAUCAACUGGAGGAAGGUACGAUGACCAUUUUGUUCAGAACCAGUGUGUCGAACAGAUACCCUGGAUUUGAAGCCACUAUUAUUUGCUUCAAUCCUGAAGAUGCAAAUCAACUAGGGUGCACUCAAAACAACCACCCGGGGCAAGACAAUCUAGAGCGCAGAAGGGCGGACCUUGAUGAAUUUCACAGAACCUGGAUGAGACAGCGUCAUGAUAUGCUUUAUCGUCAAAGAGGGGUCGGGGCCAUACGGUUUGAACGAAUCAAUGUUUCGUUCGGGGUUCGUGUGCUUUACAACGAGGGGAAACUGUCCUUUAUGGUAGAGGACGGAAUGAUGAAAUUCAGAGAGUCAAUUGAUGGCAUCAUUUAUCUGGCCGUUUUUCAUAGUAACGGUAGUAGAAUAGUAUAUUUUCGGGGGCAGAGUAGAAUCUUCAGAGGGCCUGGGCCAAUGUGGAUUGUUGGACCUUAUGCCUACUUCCAACACUUCGCUAUUGAUCCAAGGGGCAUCUUGCCUAAUCCGGAAGAAUUGGUUGCUAUUGGCAGCAUCACAGCGGCACAGCGCACUCUGAUCCAAGAAGAUAACAAGCGUUAUGUGAAAAAAAGCGACAUGCUGACGAACAGUGCUAUACUAACUGCUAUCGAGAAUGAGAAUGCGUGCAAUCCAGUUCUUAGAACCUCAGCAGUAACUACUAUCACCUUAGUUCAGAGAGAGAAUCCUCAACGUCUUACACAACUGAGGUACCGAAAAAGCCAUCCCAGCUCCUCUGAAUCCACAUCUCUCCCGUGAAACAAUUGUGUUUUGGUGCUCAAGCAGAAGAAAAAAACAGUUACUUUGCCGAUAAUUAUGUGUGUAUAGCUAUUAUUAUAAUCCAAGUUGCUUUCCUUGAUUUGUGCAAAUUGUAAAUAGCUGCAUGUAUGUAUUAGUUUAUGUACAGUGUAAUACCAUCCUAUUUAAGGAUGAACGGUUAUCAAUUCUUG